AUGAGUAAGUUAGAGAUAGUGUAUAUGAUGAACGUUGCGCUUUAUAUCAACACGGUAGAGUCUCUCAAAACCUUUAUGGAAGUCAACAAGAAGUGUGAUUCAUGUCUUGGUGGUCUCUAUAUCAACCCAUUCAUAGAUGUCUCGGUCCAAUCUUUUUCAAUGUUCAAAGAGCAGCGCAAGGCGCUGUACACUUCGAUAUUUCUAUUUCUAUUAAAGGCUUUCCCCAAAAUUGAAACGUUACAAUGUGUCGAUUUUAUGUUGGGAGACGCCAAUAAGGUGAUAAAUAAAGUAAAGAAAAUCCGUCUUGUGAAGACUCCACACAACAGAAAUCGGUUAUCUGGUAUUGUUACACUCACGCAUUAUCACCCAAAAAUUUCGCCUCAAGCAAUUCCAAAAAUAGUGAAUUUGUGUGUUGUGACAAAUAAUAAGAAAAUUAUACCAAAUGAGGCGUAUACGAGUCUGGAGAGUGUGCAGGUUGAUGGGUGGAUCCGUAACAAAGAUCUGUUGAGUGCGAUAUUUGGACUUCCCAAUGUGAAAAACGUGACGAUUUGGAAUUGCACACAUAUCAGUUAUUUAAACACAAUUUGUGACUGCAUUUCUGAAGUCAAUUUGAAGCACCAACACAAAUUGGACAACGUCAAUAUUUCCGUGUUUAUUGAGAAGAGCAUUUCAACAGAAAUAUACAAAGAGGAGUUUGAAAGUGCAUUUUUAGCACUCAAACAGUUGGGUGUGAGUGUGUACUACAACACAGAGAAUGUGAUAGACAACUGUCACAUAUUAGACGAGUCGCGAUUUAUUGGAGAAGUUGUUGUCACAAAUAAGAAAGGAUUAGACUUUGGGUGUUUUAAAAAUGAUCGUGAAAGUGACAUUGAUGUUUAUCAUAACAGAGUUGAAUAUGAUAAAUGGAUGACUAAAAUAAGACAUCAUAAAAAUCAUGAACAAGAAGACAGAGACGAUGGUGAUUAUAUCACUGACAAUUUAAAUGAUGAAAAUUUUGAUGAUAAUGAAUAUGAUAUUGAGUCAAGAGAUGAUGAAAAUGAUGAUAUCACUGAUGAUGAUAAUGAAAAAGAAAAUGAUAUCAGUAAUGAUCAAAAUGACAUAGAAGAAGUUGAUUCACAAGAUGAAAAAAUUAGAAACAAAAUUGAAGUGCCAAAUCAAAAUGAAUGGUAUAAUGCAGAGACGAGAUAUCCAAUAACAUGUCCACUUGUUUUACUUGACGAUGUGAUACCAACAUUCAAUCUACAAAGUCGCCUGGUCGUCAGGUUGACACUUUUUAACAUCACAAAACAAACAAUUUGCAAUUUGUUUUGUACACGUGUCAUAAUUGAAAAGUGCUCAGAAAUGACAGUCACACUGCGUGGAGUUGAGUCCACGUGUUGUAUCAACUGUUCUGCACUUUCUCUUGUGAUAGAAGACUUUGCAAACACAAUUUCAUUCACAAAUGUUCAACACACGACUGUUGAGAGUCACUCUGCAUGUCCAAUGUGGUCUAUAACACUCAACAGGUCUUCAACUAUUUCAAUAAAAAACAUGACAAUUGGGAGUUUGGAAGCAACUCAAACAAACGAUGUGACAAUCACACACUGCAAUUUGGGUAACAUUUUCUUUAUUAAAUGCUCACAUAUGACAUUAGACAAGACUAACAAACCAAUUAAAACUGGAAAAGUCAAGACAAAGUAUUUUAGGGAUGUCACUGCCUCACACAUUCACGCACUGCUUAACGGACAUUUCAAAGUGUUAAAUUCACAACUGUCGCAAUUCACUAAUUUACCAACAAAUGAUCAAAUUGCUACACUUGUUGCUUUGACUGACAAGUGCAACUCUAUCGCAGAACAAGAAGUCUCUUUUGAUGUGUUUUGUGGAGUUGUGUUGAAUGACGGACAAGUCGAAAUGCUGUCAUUUGAAAAUCAAAAGACAAUUCCACCAUUCCUAACAAGUGAAAAUGUCGACAUCAAAAUUUCCAUCACGAACAACUCAAUCAAAGAGGUCUUCAUCGAAAAGGCAAACCACGUGUUUGUCGAUUCAUAUUUUGACAUUCAAAUACAUUGCGGCGUUGCUUCUUCUGUUGUAUCCAACACGUCGAAUGUGAUGUACUGUGGUGUUUCUUUUGACAAAAACGUCGCAUCUGUUGUUAACAGUCAGACAGAAGAGUCAAGUCAAUCAACAACGUCUUUAAUACGUGUUUGUGGCAAAGUCGGGUUUUGUGGGUAUCUUGUGAAAUUUGAUUUGGAAAACUUUUACUAUCUGCAAAGAAAGACUGAAAAUGCUGAAAACGUUGUUGUCCAAAUGAAGGAACAAAAAGUCGUUGAUUUUAGAGAUGUUCCAUGGAAAAGAAUACAAAUUGAGAAUGUGAACAAAGGGACUUAUGUUGCGGACAAACUAAUUUUAAAUAAUAACACGGUGUACGUCAAAUUGGACGGAAUCAAAUUCAAAACAAUCGUAUCAAAUAAAACAACUCAAAUAGAACAAAAAGUCACACAAAAAGUUGCUGUACAAAACACGAUGUUUGUCAACACCAAAAAGACGAGUGUGAGUUGGAAGGAAUGUAAGACAAUAAAAUGUGGUGAAAAGGUUGAGAAACUUGUUGUCAAGUCGUGCGAGUUGUUGGAGGAAAUUGUGAUUGGAGAAAACACACAAAGUGUGCAUUUACAGUCGUGUAAAAAGCUCAAAACAAUUGUUGGUAAAAUGAGAGGAGUCAAAAUUGUCGUUAAGGACUGCCCAUUUUUGCUAUCAAAUACAAAACACGGCAAAAGAAAUAAAAUCACAUUUAUGCCAUAA